AUGGAAACGCGGGUCGGGGUUCACAGCUGGUUCCUCAGCAUUCUCACGAUGGUUCUAAAUGGAUUUGUCAUCUUCCUCGUCUGCAGUAAACGUCACCUUCGCACCAAAACCAACGCAUUUGUCGUGUCUUUAGUAGUGGCUGAUUUUGGUGUUGGGAUGAUUACCGUUCCUUCAUUCUUUCUCUGCACCCUUGCAACCGAAUGCCCUCAAGGCUCAAAUGAGGAAUUAAUUGAGGCAUUUUUAAAUUUGUUCACUCUUUACGCCUCUGGAACAAACUUGGUUAGUUUAGUACUAGAACGUUAUGUUGCUAUUGUGAAACCUUUGAAAUACUUGACUUUUAUGAAGCGCCGUCGAGUCAUUCGAAUGGUUCUAACAUCUUGGGGAAUUCCUUUUCUUUUCUCUCUUACUUUAGUGUCGAUUAAACAUGGUGUAAUCGAUCGUGCCUGGACUAUAGGCGGCUACUUACAUUUGCUUUUUGAGGCAAUCUCGGUCGUUAUUCUAAUCUUUUUUCUGGCAUCCAUGUUUUUUGUUGUUUACAAUCUGAACUCUAGAGAUCGCAAUUUAGCUAAGCAAUUGCGGUUUAAUCAACUGUUCGUUAGAGCUAAAACUCACAACACGUCAGCGGUAAAAUGGGUGGCUUUGGUAACGUGCGUGUUUCUAUCGUAUUACGGAAUAAUGAUGCGUUGUAGUUUAUUAGAUAUAACUGAUAAUUCACCAUGUAACGAUGAGUAUUUCAAAAUACCUCUACGACUUAUUAACUCUGGAAUAAACCCUAUAGCCUAUGCUUUCUUUAAAAGAGAUAUAAAACGAGAAUUUAAAAGCCUUCUGUGCAGAAGGCGUCGUUAA